CCAUGAUGAUGAUGAUUAAGUUGAUUGUGAUGACCGGGUUAAUCAAUUUCGUUAAGCUUGAUUUGUUCUCGAGUCGAUCGAAUGUGAAAAAAAAGUUCUAACGUCCAUUUUAAGACUUUCUCCCUCGAUUUAAUCAGAUCUUAAUUGUUAACAAUCAGUCGAACUUUGAAUUACCUUGAAUCACCAUCACCUUUCAAUCAAAUGAAUCAAAUUGUUUGUUUUUGUCUUUUUAUUUAUGGUAAUUUGUUAAUUCACUUUUGUUAAUUGUCAUUGAUUAUCGAUCAUUUUUUCGUUUAAUUGUUCAUGUUUAACUUUCAUAUUUACUUGAUUCUAUUAACUGUUAAUUAGAUCAUGUUUAGUUUUGAUAUUUUUGUGCUCCUUUCAAUUGGAUUAAUCAGUUCAAGUGCAUUAAUUGUUUCAUCCAAUAAUAAUAAUAAUAAUGUUACUAAUCAAUUGGAUUAUCGUCUUGCUUGGCAACAAUUAGAAAAUUUUACUAAACUUUCUGUCAACAAUUUAGUUAAUCAUUAUGCAUCGGAUGUUAGUACAAUAAUUAAAUCAUCACACAUUUCAAAUCAAUGUCAAAAGUCAAUUGAAAAUUUUAUUGGUGACAUUAAAUUAAUGAAAGUUAAUGCACUUAAACAAUUUGAUUCUAUGGGAGGAUUACCAACGGGACUACUUGAUGGUACUUGGAUUGAUUCGGGUUCAUUUCAUGAGUGCCUCGAACUACCUGGAACUCAAUAUUGUUUCAUGUUCUCGAAAAUGCCGUUACCUUUACCUAAUCCUCGCGAGGGUUGGCACAGGCCGAUUAACGGGCAACAGUUUAAUCUGACCACUGAGACAUUCAGUUACUUGACCACGUACGCUCAUUUUUUCCGUUACCUUAAUUUGACAACGGGACUUUGUGUACCUAAAUUGUGUUCUAAAGAUGAAAUCAAAACAAUCGCUGUUAAAGGUCAUCAAUUUUAUCGAACUGGAUUUACCGUUGAUGUUGAUCUUUGUACCAAUCGCUCAGAGUUCAAUCCGAUUGUAUUUCGGGAAAUGAUCGCGGGUUUUAUCAUCAUAUUAGUGGUUUCGCUGAAUGUUGUUGGUACAAUGAUUGGAGGAGUUCGAGGUCCACAAUUUUUAGCGCAUUUUAACAUGGGAAACAAUUGGAAACGAUUGUUCCAACCUCGGUCCAUUGACGCUGAUAUUCCGACACUGAAUGGAAUAAAAUCGAUCACAAUGGCCUUUAUGAUAUUGGUGCACAUUUUUUUCCUUCUUUUUUAUCCAAAGUACAUUUCGUUUUUCAAAAUUCCCGGAACAUCAACUUCGCCCUUAGUUAUCACCUUUUUCUUGGGUCCUUUCACAGUGGACACUUUCUUUCUGAUAACUGGACUCGAAAUGACCCUCACAUUAAUCCAACGAAAAAGACCUUUCAACUUGACCGGUUUUCUAGUUCAAAGGUAUCUUCGAUUCGCAACAGUCAUUGGCUGGACAAUCUGUUGUUAUAUUAUACUAUUUUCUAAUCACACCCGUGAUUGGGUCGGUGGACCUUAUUGGCCUUUCUUCAGAGCAACAGGAACCAUUCCCGUUAAAUGUGGCCAUAAGUGGCCUUUGCACAUGCUGUUGAUCGCUCACUAUUUCAAUAUUGGUGAAGACUCUCAACUUUGUCUAUUAGCUGAUUGGUACCUUGAGGCUGAUUAUCUGUUCGCGGUUAUGUUUCUACUUAUUCUGAUUCCAAGUUUAAAGGGGAAAUUUAAAAUUUCGUAUUUAAUUACAAUGAUUUAUAUCGUAUUUGGGUCGGUGGCCAUUGGCCUUAUCAUGCACUUCGGGCAAGUUCAACACACUUGGCAGCCAUUGAUGUUCCAAGACGAUGGAUUCAUCCGCUAUCUGGCCUUUAUCCAUGGUAAACCCUGGGGACAUAUCAGUCCAUAUUUCAUCGGGGUUCUGUUGGGCUUCAAAUUAACUGAUCCAAUUAAGAUUAACAAGAUGAAAGUAACAACGAUCUGGAUAAUUUGGGCCAUUAGUUGGGUCGUUUUAACGGUCUACGAAGCGGCGAUCAAUUUGAACAUUUUCCCGGUUCCCUAUUUGGUUUCACUUGCUUAUGGGAUGUUCUCGAAAAUCCUCUGGUCAUUUAUUGUUUCCUGGACAAUUUGGACUUCUUAUCAUGGUUAUGCUCAUCGAUGGAUCACUAAAUUGUUGUCUCUUCACUUAUUCACUGUUCUUUCAAGAAUUAAUUUAUCUGUUCUAUUUGUUAAUUUACUAAUUGUCAGGUUUAGAAAUUCAACCAUCCAAUCUAACUCAUUCCCUUCUCUGAUGGAUAUAAUUUUCUCUGAAGUUAUUCCUCUUUUUGUUGUAAUUUAUUCAAUUUCAUUUAUUUUCAGUGUUCUCAUUGAAGGUCCAACAAUUAACUUAAUCAGAGCGAUGAACAGUCCGAGAAAGUCAAGCAAAACAAUUGCAACUACGGAAAUCGUAUUAACUGCUACUAAUGGAAUGAACAAUAAACCUCAGCUCGCGAAUUUGUGAUCAUUUUUAAGUUCAAUUUGUAGAAAUGUUCAAACAAUUAAAGUAAAA